AUGGAGCAGAACGCUCUCUACCAAGCCGCCAUUGGGUGGCACCGUGCCUUUGAGGACCGACCGCCCAACGCCCAUCUCUGCUGCCCCAAAAUCGACGAAGAUGAUGCUGCCAAUUACGACGAGCCCGAUGUUCCUGACGAAGGGGGAGUCUCAGCCGAAGAGAAAAAGCGCAGGAUCGAAGAAUACGAAGGCAGAUUUCAAAACACCUAUGACCUCAGCAUUUUGAUGGGCCUCGGUAGGGAAAUUGCCGGGGAGUGGCUGGACAACUGGACACAGGCGGUCGAGUCGUGCCUCACAAGAUGCGAUUCGUGCGUGAGGAACUGGCACCGACACCGCCAGCCCUACAUCCACGGCCUACACCUCGAGCCAGACAAGGUUGAAUACAUGCGGAAGAUGCUGGCUGAAUUCGACCGGCGACGCAUAGACCGGGGUCUCAAGAGAGCCAGAGCAAUCCUCGAAAAGCACGGCCCUAUGUCGACGGCAAAGCUCGUCGAACACGAUAUGCAAGCUGUGCUGGCUCUCUUCGAGGCGCUUUGCAGCACCGAAUAUGUGACCCACCCGGACAGCCAAGAGGAUUUCAACUAUGUCUUCGAGCAAACACAGCAGAAGCGCGUCUUGAAAAUGCAGGGAGGCCUGAUACCCACAAUGACCUUCUUCCUCUUUGACGACUCCCCAUCUUCAUCCGCAUACCGAAAACGGUUCGCCGAGAGCGCCUGGGAGAAACGCGCUCCUGGGGCACUCACGGAUCAGGAAUGGGACUGGGCCAUCUGUCCCCAUCUGACCAGUGCAAUCUGGAGGGUAUCCCUUGCGAGAGGAAUGCCAUCGCCGGACAGGAUCUGCAACUUCUGGCGAGCUUUCUCCUUGAUGCUCCGUUCCUUGAGCGAGAAGCAGAUCAUCAACUCGCUCCGGGCAAUGGAGGUGUCGCCAAGCGUCUACUUUCUUGCACUCGAGCAUUUGGCCACAGAUUCUGUCGAAGCCUUGGCUGUGGUUUUGCAAGGACUUCGAGAGCUCAUGGAGAAGUCGCCGACUGCGUUCUGGGGGGCGUUCGACCAAGUCACCCCUAGCCAGCUUGUCGAGGAGGUCUUCAAGAGCCCCGCAUUCCGUCGCUUCCUGAACAGGUCACUGACGCCAGAGAUGAUGGUCACGGAAGGGGAAAAUCAAGUGCCAGCUGUGGCAGCGUGGAUGAGGGCACUAAUCCGCUCUUUGCCUUCAAUCCAGCGGUCCGACGUGUGCGAAUCACUUCUGCGCCAUCUGUUUGACACCUUCCGUAAGGACCCGACUGCCGACCGUGCCGCCAGCGCGGCCUGCACUCUCGCAGGCUUGGCUACCCUCAGCGAGUCCCUCGACGGCUACCUACAAGAAACUCUGUUCGAUACCGGGACCGCACUCAUCAUGGUUAACCAGUUGCUCAACCGCGUCGUUCAGUAUAGCGAUGUCAUCAUCACUGCGGCUGGACUCAAACCCGGCGAAACAUUCAAUGUGGGUAUCUCCCAGGCUGCCAUGGCUAUCAUUCACUCUGCACUUGCGCUGGAUGCCAGAGCUACUGAGAUCGAGUGGGAAGCUUUAACCAAAGGGAUCCCAGUACAAGAUGCCGUGAACCGGGACUCUGGGGCGCUCUGGGAAUCCUUCCUGGAGAUGCUCUGGUAUCAGCAGCUCGGCCAUGUCGAGUUGGCCAAGGCCAUGCUGAUGGCUACCCUGCGACUCAGAAACAUUGAGCAGUUCAUUCCGAAGCGUAAAGAACAACUCAAGCAGGAGCAGCAGAAAUUCAAUCAACGCUACCAGCAACAAACAACGGCAAUUGGGAAGAUGCUUGGCCGGCUAUCUGAUUUCAAGCAGGAGGACCUCGUCAAGUUCUGCUCGGAGCGCCAGAGCCCAACUAUCCACCCCAUCGUAUCAACACUUAUCCACGGUGAAGAGUCGAUUCGGGAAGCCGGCUUUGAGUUGGCCAAGGCCAUCACAGGUGAGACCGUGCCCUCGGAGGCAGUGGGCAAGAUGGCAGAGGACUAUCUCAGUCCCUUCCUGGACGCCUUCUCGGAAGCAGUGAACCAAAUCACUGCUAAAAAUGACGCCCGCAGCCCCUGGAGCCAUAUGCUCCCAACCCUGAAGUGUAUUGAGUUCGCCCUGAACGGCCUUUGCGACCCUUCCGUAGGUCAGCUGCGGCGUAGAGCUCUCACCCCAGAAGAGCACGCUUCUGUCAAGCGUUGGUGGGAGUGUGUGUGGCGGACCAUCGACCACUCAUUUAGGAUGAUGAGGAUAUGGCAUGAGAGAGUCGACAAGAAAAUCAUGGAGGACUUCUGCCGAGACGUCAUGGAGCUGGCCAACAAGCUGCUAGCCCAAGACGGAGUCAUGGCUUCUGCUCUUAGCCAGUAUAGCGGCGAUCGUACUUCUCACACGAAUGGUGACCCUCUAGCAAAAGCCAUGAGGAGCGUCCUGGAGCCACCCAGGAAGUACUCGUUUUCCCUCGCGGAUAUGCUGCAGCUCAGAGACAAAUACCUGAUCAUGGGGAUCGCUGAGGUGAUCAAGAAGCUCGUUGCGAGGCUUAAAGAGAACGACAUGGAGUUGCCGCAGAGGACGCUUGCGAACCUUGGCAACAUGCUCAAGCGGAGGAAGCUCCCUGAUGGGAGAGUGGACUAUGUGCAGAAGACGAACCUGACGAACGAGCAGCGCAUUGAACUGCUCAAGGCUCUUGGGGAGGACGCCGUGAUCGAGGAGCAGUUCAUGAACAUGAGCAUCAAGUCCGGGGAGAAGGAGCGGUCCAUGAGACAGAGCAAGAUUGACUUCUCCAAAGGAGCUAUCAAGGACCGGGUCGCCGAGAUUACUCCCAACUUCGAAAAACGCGCGUCCUCCCUUCUGUCGAAACUGAAAGAGGAGGGAGGGACACCCAAGCAGCCCACCAAGCUCAGCGAGAAAGCUGUCCUCGCAAAUCAGACAUCCAUCAAAGAGGCCCGGGCCCGGGAGAGGGCUGAAAAGGCGAAAAGGGAUGCCGAAGCCAUUGCCAAAGCGAGGGCCCUGCGCACCCCCAAGAUCGUGCCCGGUGAGGGUUCCGGUCUCCAAGGCAUCACUGGUGUUCGGGGCAAGGAUCAUGCCCCGGUCGUCGCCAAAGACGAGAUCAUGGUUGGCUCAUCGUCGGAGGAGGAAGACGAGUCUGACGACGAGUUGAUAGCAUUGAGAGCCAAGGCUAAAGCUGGAAACAAGACCCUGAACGAGGACGAGCGCCGACGGCUACUCAUGUUGGCCGAGAAGAGGGGACCUGUGAAGAAGGUCAAACUCCAGCGGUCGGCAAAGGAUAUGCGAGCGCGUCUGAUUCCGCCGAUGGAUGUGCUACACCAGGCCAUUCUGGAGUGGGACAUCUUCCACGAGGGUAACGAUCCUCCGAACGGAUACCGCUGCGACCGCGUUUCCGACACCUACACCGACCCCUACAGCUACAAGCAGACGUUCUUUCCUCUGCUCAUCAAUGAGGCUUGGCGUUCCUUCGUCACAGCUAAGGACGAGGCGACGUCCAGACCAUUUGGCAUCAAAGUACUCAGCCGCAUGACGGUCGACAAGUUCAUGGAAGUAACGGCAUCGGUUCCCGUCCAGGUCAACAAGGACCGAGGUCUGUCGGAGGGAGACAUUGUCAUCGUUUCAAAAGGGGAGGACCCUCUCAACCAACCGGCUGAGUUGCAUUGCCUCUCGCGGAUCUGGAAGACCACUUACAAGAAGGACACGGUGGAAGUUGUCUACCGCCUCAACUCCAAGGGAAACCAGAUUCUUCCGGCCCUUCUUCCGGGUGCCGAGUUCCACGUUGUCAAGAUCACCAACAUGACGACCAUUGAACGCGAGUAUGCAGCACUGGAAAGUCUGCAGUACUACGAUCUAAUGGACGAAGUCCUCAAGGCGCAGCCCUCUCCGAUGCUGACCUUUGGUGACGAGGCGGUCAGGGGAGUCAUGAACAAUUACCAACUCAAUCCUGGUCAGGCGCGGGCUAUCCUGAACGCCAAAGAGAACGAUGGCUUCACCCUGAUCCAAGGCCCACCGGGGACGGGCAAGACCAAGACCAUUGUCGCCAUGGUUGGCUGCCUUCUGACCGGUGUCCUCAAGCCAUCUCACGGGGCGGUGUCGUUGGCGAGGCCUGGGUCCAACGGACAGGUGCCGUCGAAGAAAUUGCUGGUCUGCGCUCCCAGCAACGCUGCUGUGGACGAAUUGGUGUUGCGGUUGAAGGCCGGCGUCAAAACGAUGAACGGGGUAUCGCACAAGAUCGAGGUCAUCCGUCUGGGCCGUAGUGACGCGAUCAAUGCCGCAGUCAAAGAUGUCACGCUUGAUGAACUAGUCAAGGCCAAGAUGGACGCUGAAAUCAACAACAGCGGCCCCAGUGACCGCGAGAAGCUGCAUCAAGAAGCCGGCGCGCUCAAGGAGAAGAUUGCGGAGCUGCGGCCCCAGCUUGAGGCAGCUCGAGCAAACAAUGAUCGCACCUUCACCAUGAAGUUGCAACGGGAGUUUGACGAGUUGAAACGCCGUCAAGCUCACAUCGGCGCGCAGAUUGACGCCAACAAGACCAACGGAAACACGUUUGCGCGCGAGGUGGAGAUCAAGCGGCGCCAAAUCCAGCAAGAGAUCCUUGACAGGGCUCAGGUUUUGUGCGCUACAUUGAGCGGCAGCGGACAUGAGAUGUUCAAGAAUCUCAAUGUUGAAUUCGAGACGGUCAUCAUCGAUGAGGCUGCGCAGUGCGUGGAGCUGAGCGCCCUCAUUCCGCUGAAGUACGGCUGCUCUAAGUGCAUUCUUGUCGGAGAUCCGAAGCAGCUGCCUCCGACUGUCCUGUCGCAGUCAGCGGCGAGAUAUGGCUACGAUCAGAGUUUGUUUGUGCGAAUGUACAAGAACCACGCUAAGGACGUUCAUUUACUCGACAUGCAGUAUCGUAUGCACCCGGACAUCAGCAAGUUCCCCAGCAAGGAAUUCUACGAGGGCCUGCUCCAAGAUGGCGCCGAUAUGGGAACGCUCCGCUUGCAGCCCUGGCACGAGAGCGUCCUGCUUGGGCCUUAUCGGUUCUUCGAUGUCAGGGGUUCGCAGGAGCGCGGGCCCAAGAACCAGUCCCUGGUCAACGAGGAAGAGCUCAAGGUCGCAAUGCAGCUGUAUCGUCGGUUCCGCACAGAUUACAGCAACGUUGACUUGAAGGGCAAGAUCGGCAUCAUCACUCCGUAUAAAGCGCAGCUGUUCCGGCUCCGGCAGCGGUUCACUGAGCAGUACGGGGAGGGGAUCACUGAGGAGAUUGAGUUCAACACGACGGACGCCUUCCAGGGCCGCGAGUGUGAGAUCAUCAUCUUCUCGUGUGUUCGGGCCAGUCCGACUGGCGGUAUCGGUUUCAUGACGGAUAUUCGACGUAUGAACGUCGGCCUCACUCGCGCCAAGUCGUCGUUAUGGAUCCUUGGCGAUUCCCGCGCGCUGAUGCAAGGCGAGUUCUGGGCCAAGCUUAUCGAGGAUGCGAAGCAGCGUGGCCGCUAUACCGGCGGUAACAUCAUGGCGCUGCUGAGCAAACCGGGUCCAAAGGUGCCACUGACGUCCCUCGUUGCUCCAUCCUCUGGUUCAAUGCAGCGGGCAGACCCCAUGCAAGGGGACAAUGAUGUGGUCAUGACGGAGGCACCCGAAAUUUCCCGGCAAGAACCCUAUCUGAGCAACACGCCGGCACAGCAGACAGCGCCCCCGACAGGAGGGGAUGGCCACGAGGAAUCGACAGCUCCUCCGCCCGUCCCCUACCGAGGUACAGGUAUCGGCGGCCUCAACGAGAGGGGAGAGGCCACCUCGAUCUUGCCGAGGGGUGGAGGUGCGCCCGUCAUCCAGUCUACGACUGGAUCUGCAGGGAAGAAGCGGCCACGCGACAACAACGACGACAGUCGCCCGAGCGCAAAGAAGAUACACCAUACCACCCCCCCUGUCAAACAGAAACAACCGAAACCGCCAAGCGAUCCCUCGGCGAUGGAGGUGUUGGGGUUGGUUGCUCCCGAGCGGCCGCCUGCUCGGCCGUUCCAACCCCCUCAACCGCAUGUCCGACCGCCCGGUAACUCUCAGCCCAGUGCGGGUCACAAUGCGCCAAAGGGACCGAUGGUGAUGCCGAAGCGGUCAAAUGCAGCAGACCCGUUCAUCCGACGGAAGCCGGGAAGGCGUUAA